AAAAAGACUCAAAAGGGGGAGGUUUCCAAAAAUAAAAUUGCCCGUCCUAUCCAGAGCCAGGCAGUGCAAGAGGCAAAGGAGAAGGUGCUUGGAGCUGUCUGCAAAGAAUACCACGCACUCUGACAGCCACUGAGAGAAAACGCACUCUGACAGCCACUGAGAGAAAACGAAGGGAGAACUCUAAGGCAGGGAACUGUUGCUCCUGGUUCAGGAACUGUUGCUCCUGGCUCAGGAAGAUUUGUGCUGUUGCUCCUUUGGGCCUUGCUUUUUCAUCUAGAUAAAAGGCAUUACUGAAGCCUCUUUUGGAUGUACCUGAAGAUGUGAUUGGCUCUGCAAUGCACCAGAGGGAUUUAGCUGAGGGGACUUUUCUCCAAAGUCCAAUUGUAUUUGGUGUAUGACUCUAUUAAUCUGACAAGAGUUUUCCUCUUGGAUGGAAACCAUGAGGAGUUCCUGGAACAGUUUUCUCCCAUUAACUAUAGCACUUUUUGUGGGGGUUGUGGACUGUCAGAGAGACCUUGCUGGGCGGCUGGAUCCAUAUCCUUCUUUCAGGACAGAUGCUGGAAACAGGGAGAUGACACAGUUAAGGUUUCAGCAGAACCAAGGCAGGUUUGGACCAAGAACUAAGGUGCACAGUUUGUUCCAGGUACAUGAUUCUUCUUCUACAUUGGAUCAUGUUCCUGUAACUCCUCAGAUAAAUGCUGCAGCUAAUGCCCGGAUGAGAAUUCCAGCAGGAAGGGAACUUCGAAAACAAAAUUCUGCUCCCACAGCCCACAAACUCCCAACUCUCACCAGUGUGAGAUCUCAGAGCAUCAAUCCCAGAAGGAACACUGGUGUUCUGAGUACAGGUCCAAGCUGGACUUUCCAGCAGAGAACACCAUCCGUGAAUCUUGUUCGGAAUGGACCACGAACACGAGCAGCCCCACAAGUGCAGACUGCCAGAGGCCGGUUGGUAGGACCAAAUGUCUGUGGGGGACAAUGCUGCUCAGGAUGGACAACGGCUCCUAGAACAAAUCGAUGUAUUAAACCUGUAUGUGACCCUCCAUGCCAAAACAAAGGAUCCUGUAGCCGUCCCCAGCUUUGUAUUUGCCGCUCAGGCUUCAGAGGAUCCAGGUGUGAAGAGGUGAUUCCAGAAGAAGAAUAUCAUCCUCCUGGCCUUGCAACUGCUUUUCAGCCUCCGGCAGGUUCCCUUCCAAAGAGAAUAAACGGUGCAGAAAAAAGAGAGCCACGACUAUCUAUCAUACAGAAGCUACCAGCUGGGGUUCAAAACAGAAGCAGCUCCCUUGUUACUUCUCAGUCAUAUACUGGAACAUCGCGCACAGUCCGACGCUAUCCAGCUGUAAAUCAUGAUCAUCUAACUUCCAAUAUACUUCCCAAUGGGAAUGGAUUUGAACAGAGCAGUACUGGGCCACAAAUGGUAUAUCAGGAACCUGUUUUGUCUCCUUGGGGAGCAGACCUGACUGAAAAAAUCAGGAAGAUAAAAAUAGUGUUCACUCCAACAAUCUGUAAACAAACAUGUCACAAUGGUCACUGCUACAAUAAUUGUGAGAAAGGAGACACUACCACCCUAUAUAGCCAGAGCGGACAUGACCACGACCCCAAAUCUGGUUUCCGUAUUUAUUUCUGCCAGAUUCCAUGUUUAAAUGGAGGGCGUUGCGUGGGCAGGGAUGAAUGUUGGUGCCCAUCGAACUCUACAGGAAAGUUUUGCCAUCUACCAGCUUUAAAAGCAGAAAGGAAACAAAUUCCAAAUAGCCUGGCAAGCAGCUCUGUGAAGCAUUCUAUGUAUACCCUUCCUCUGUCCAAUCAACUUGCUUCAAUGUACCCUUCCCUGGUGAAUGUGCAUAUUAACCAUCCCCCAGAAGCCACCGUGCAGAUCCAUCAGGUGGCGAGAGUGAAGAGUGACUCAGAGCAAUCAGAAGAGAACAGUGUGGAAAGUGUACAAACACCCCAGCUUCCAAUGGCCUCCCAUUACAAUAAUAAUGCCACCCCAAACAACAAUGUUGAAAGCAACCAGCAACAGAGGUCCCAGGGCUUCUUGGGAAAAUGUUACCUGGAGACAGUACAUGGAAAGUGUGCUGAUCCGUUGUCUGGUCUGGCAAGGUAUGAGGAUUGCUGUGGAAGUGUGGGGGCCUUUUGGGGUCUCAGCAGAUGCAUUCCAUGCCCAGUGAAACCAGCUUAUCCAACAAUAGAAAAUGGACAUGUUGAAUGCCCACAAGGAUACAAGAAACUGAAUCAGAGUCAUUGUCAAGAUAUUAAUGAAUGUACAAUUCAAGGCAUAUGUAAAAAUGCAGAAUGCAUGAACACCCGAGGCAGCUUCAUCUGUACUUGUAAGCCUGGUACUAUGUUGGACCCAUCACGCAGUCACUGUAUUUCGGACAAGGCAGUUUCAACAGAACAAGGGUCAUGCUAUCGCUCUGUGAUAAGAGGAAUAUGUACACUGCCACUUAAUCAGCGGAUCACCAAACAGAUCUGCUGCUGUAGUCGUGUUGGCCAAGGAUGGGGGAGAAACUGUGAGAUUUGCCCAUUGUUGGGCUCUGAAACUUUUAAGGAAAUCUGCCCAGCAGGACAUGGCUACACUUACGCUAACUCAGACAUUCGGAUGUCCUUGAGGAAAGCAGAAGUUGAUGAGCUGCCCUCAUUCAGCUCACAGGAGCAAAGGGGACCUGGACCUGGUGAACAAAUAUCUAACGGGACAGUUAGACAGAAGGAAGUGCAGGAAGUCUUAAAAGGUGGUGUCAUAGAUAUUUUUCCUCCAACUGACAUACCAGCAAGAAAAGCUGAAUCCCCAGAAGAUCAGGAUACAGAUGAUGCUACCCAAGAAACUGAUACUAAUCCAGAGAUAAAUCUAUGUUCCUCUUCACCUGAUAUGUGUGGGCCAGGCACUUGUGUGAACUUUCCUGAAGGAUAUACCUGCUUGUGUUAUACUGGUUAUCAACAACAUCCUAGUCACACUUAUUGCAUUGAUAUUGAUGAAUGCGAGAGAAAUCCAUGUGAUGGGAAGGGUUACUGUGUCAACACUGAAGGCUCUUAUUCUUGUAUCUGUUUCACUGGGUAUAGCAUUCUCACUUCACAAAACAUGCAAACAUGUCAGGAUCUAAAUGAGUGUGACCAGUCAGAUGUGUGCCAUGGAGGGCAGUGCAUCAACAUACCUGGCUCGUAUCACUGUGAGUGCAAAAUAGGUUACUUCCUGAAUCACAAAGGACAGUGUGAAGAUAUUGAUGAAUGUACAACCUAUAACAUCUGUCCCAGAGGACGCUGCAUCAACACUGAGGGCUCCUUUUCUUGUGUGGUUUGUGAUAAUGGCUAUAUUGCAUCAAUGGAUGGAAGAACAUGUGAAGAUAUUGAUGAGUGCAAUUCACACAUGGCCUGCCCACAGGGAAUUUGCAUUAAUACACCAGGCUCCUUCACUUGCCAAACUUGUGAAAUAGGCUAUGUUCUCUCAUCUAACAGACAGUCUUGUGAAGACAGUAAUGAAUGUGAAUACCCAAACAUUUACUGUUUAGGAGGAGAGUGCUUAAACACACCAGGAUCCUACACGUGUCAUUGUAAGCUAGGAUUUGAACUUUUCAAUGGGACCACAUGUGAAGAUCAGAAUGAAUGUCUGGACAGUGGCAUCUGCAGUCCCAACGGCAAAUGCCUAAACAGUCAUGGAUCUUAUUUCUGCAUUUGUGCUCUUGGCUUUUCAAAUGCGGCUGGUGGAGUCAGCUGCCAGGAUGUGGAUGAAUGUGCUGAUCAGACCCGGUGUUUGCACGGUCAGUGCAUCAAUACAGAAGGAUCCUACAGCUGCUUAUGUCAAACUGGCUUCCAGCAUUUGCAGGAAACAGAUGACUGUGUAGAUGUGGAUGAAUGUGAAGAAUUUGGGGCUACUGCUUGUGGCAUAUGGCAAUGCCAGAAUACCUUGGGUUCAUUCCACUGCAUUAUGCGAUGUCCUCCCGGCUUCCAUCGCACACCAUUUGGUGAAUGCAUUGAUAUUGAUGAAUGUGCCAAUGAGACCCUGUGUGGAAGCCAUGGUUUCUGUGACAACACUGUUGGGUCAUUCCAUUGCUUGUGUGACCGUGGCUAUACAAAUUCCCCUUCAAACCAUGAUUGCAUUGAUGUGAAUGAAUGUGAGCUGAUGAUUGCAGUGUGUGGGACUGCACUUUGUGAAAACGUAGAAGGAGCCUUCUUGUGCCUGUGUCCAAGUGACCAUGAGGAGUAUGACACAGAAACUGGGGAAUGUCGCCCUCGAUCAGGCAUAGGGGAACCUAGAAGGCCUGUAUUUUUACAUCCAGAUAAUACAGAGCGGAAGGAGUGCUAUUAUCACAUCAGUGAUGUCCCAUUGUGUGAUAGUGUCUUAGCCAAUAACACCACAAAGGAGGAAUGCUGUUGCACAGAAGGAGCAGCCUGGGGAGAUAAUUGUGAAACAUAUCUGUGCCCAGUCAUUGGCUCAGUGGAAUAUAUUGAAAUUUGCCCCAGUGGGAAGGGCUAUAUUCCUGUAGAAGGAACACUGAUUUUUGGACAGACAUCUUAUACAGAUGCCAAUGAAUGUGAAAUGUUUGGCUCCGAGGUCUGUCAUAAUGGACAUUGUGUGAACACAGUGCCUGGAUACACCUGCUUCUGCCAUGUUGGAUAUUUCUAUCACUCCAGCCAGUUCGCAUGUGUUGAUCUUGAUGAGUGUGAAAAUGAAGAGGUCUGUACAAAUGGCAAAUGCCUGAACACAGCUGGUUCUUACCACUGCUUCUGUAGCCUUCCCCUGGUUCUGGAUGUAAUCCACAAUCGCUGUGUCAACGUUUCCAACAGUGCAGAUAAUCCGGAUGAACCUGACAGUGAAUUAGAAAUUUGUUGGCAGAAGGUCUCAACAAGCUAUGUUUGUAGUGAACCAUUGCUGGGACGACAAACAACAUAUUCAGAGUGCUGUUGCCAUUAUGGAGAGGCUUGGAGUCGGGACUGUGCAGUCUGCCCUCCAAGGUCCUCUGAUGAUUUUUAUCAGCUGUGCAAUAUAGCAAAUGAGGCUGGACUCCAAGAAAGGCCAAGCUAUGAGUAUGGGUCAAAUCGAGACAGUCAUCAAUAUGAGCUUUAUAUCCCUGAUCUGGAGCCCUAUCUGAAUCGUUUGGAUGAGGAUGGAGCAACUGAUACCAACGGAGAAGAAAACAAUGCAUUUGAGGAUAAGGCAACACCACAAAGACAACAGGUCCACCCAGAUCAGACACACCCUCGCUACAUGCCUGAGCACAUUGAGCAGUACAGCAGCUUUGAAGGGCUACAAGUAGAAGAGUGUGGAAUUCUUACUGGCUGUGAAAAUGGACGCUGCGUACGUGUUCAGGAAGGUUACACUUGUGAUUGCUUUGAUGGCUUCCAAUUAGAUUUGAAGCUCAUGGCCUGUGUCGAUAUCAAUGAGUGUGAAGCAGCAAAUGCCUCCAUGAUUCUUUGUAAAGGUAAUGCCUGUGAAAACACAGAGGGCUCCUAUCGCUGCACUUGCUCACCUGGCAGUGCAGCUUUAGUGGAGACUCACUGCAUUCCAGAGACUGCACAAAAUCCAGAGGCUGCAUAACUACAAAAGAAGAGUUAAAGUGGAGGCAACAUUUUCAGCCGUUUGCUUCAAGUACUGGAACUCUGUGCAGUCAGAAAAGUGUUUCAGGGAACUCAGCAGCUUUAAAACAUUUUACUUCCCAGAAAGCAAAGACUCAGCAUAUGGAUCUGUUCAAUUACAGUAUUUCAGCCAGUGUAAGCACUCAGGGCCCAAUCUUCAUAUACUGUAUGUGCAUUUGAUAAAUGAUCACGCCAUUUUUAUCACAGAUUUUUGGCCUUGUUACUAAUUGCAUUGGAUAGACCAGCAGUACACUCCCUCUUUCUUGUUCACCUUUUGUUUCUUUGUUUAUAUCAUAAGUGAACAAUUUGUGCCCCCAGAAUUAUUCUCACAAGGCUUUACCACUUUAUUGUACCAAUUUCUCACUUAUCCCAUGUCAUCUUACAUUUCUUUACUAUUCAUAGAAUGCUGCUUCCUAAAUUUACUUAUAAUCCUUACUCUAACCUUUUCAGAAAUAGUCUGAACUUUGUAUACAAAAUGGGCAUGUCCUCCUCACAGCUACUAAUGCAUUAUGUCCUCUUUUUAGCAUGACUGAAGGAAAUUCGCAUUCCACAGAUAACAGACAUUUGGCUUCCAAAUGAAUCCAGCCAAAAAUCUAUAUAAUCUUCUCUUAAAGUUAUCCUUAUUAGCAAAUAAAAAGACACAUCCAAGCCCAGAACACAUUUUGCCCUGCAGAGUUAGAGCAACUAUAGUUUCAUUGUGGCUUGGACUUCAUUGGUAUUUUUUGGGCUUUCUGUUCACCAAAAGCCAUGGACAUCCAACUGCACCUUCUGUGAUUGCUGGCAUGUUACUUUGGGAAGUGGGAAAAAUUAUAGCUCUUUAGUUUUAAAAAGUAAUGCAGAGCUUUCCAUUGGAAAAAAUACGUGUUAAAUAAAUGUGUUUUUUUUUAUAUUGUGCCUAAUGGUUUAUAGACUGGGGCUGGUCAU